UAUACGUUAUUUUUGUAUUGUGUGCCUCUUAAAUUCAGGAUGUUGCAUUAUCUUAAACAGUCUUCUCAACUUAGGCAAUCACUUUCAAAUCUUUGUACAUGAAACUAUGCUCCACAGCUUUCUGUUCCUGGACCAAUUUCAAAAAAGGAGUAACUGGAUCCAAGUGUAAAGGGGGAAAAACAUUUAAGUGGAAAGGAAUUACGUUAUGCAAAAAAACACAAGAUUUUUCAGUGAGACAGUUAGUCUUGGACUAUCGUAGACCUCCACGGAUCAGACUUCAAAAUGACAAGGAAAUUCUCCGUAUCUCGAAUCUGACGAAAGGGCAUGAACCCGAAACGUUAUCUUCUCUCUCGACAGAUUCAGUUUGAGUUGAGGCCGGUAGUGAUCUACAGAAAGGGAAAAAUCGAAGGAUGGCUUUCCCCCAGCCAAAACCUGCGGAUGGAAAAAUCAUCAUCUACCCUCCUGGUGUUAAGGAAAUUACUGAUAAGAUAUCCAACGACGAAUUGGUCAAAAGGCUAAAGAUGGUGGUUAAAACAUUCAUGGAUAUGGAUCAGGACUCUGAAGAUGAAAAACAACAGUAUCUUCCAUUGGCCUUGCACUUGGCUUCAGAAUUCUUUCUCAGGAACCCCAACAAAGAUGUACGUCUGCUUGUGGCAUGCUGUUUGGCUGAUAUCUUCAGAAUUUAUGCUCCAGAGGCUCCUUACACAUCUCACGACAAACUAAAGGACAUUUUCAUGUUCAUUACCCGGCAACUUAAGGGGUUGGAGGAUACUAAAAGUCCACAGUUUAAUAGAUACUUUUAUUUAUUAGAGAAUCUGGCAUGGGUAAAGUCCUAUAACAUCUGUUUUGAACUUGAAGAUUGUAAUGAAAUUUUUAUACAGCUCUUCAGGACCCUCUUCUCAGUGAUAAACAACAGCCACAAUCAGAAGGUUCAGAUGCAUAUGUUGGACUUGAUGAGUUCUAUCAUCAUGGAAGGAGAUGGAGUAACUCAGGACCUACUGGACUCCAUUCUUAUCAACCUUAUUCCUGCGCACAAGAACGUGAACAAACAAGCUUAUGAUUUAGCUAAAGUACUCCUGAAGAGAACUGCUCAAACAAUUGAACCAUGUAUUGCAAGUUUCUUUAACCAGGUCCUAGUUCUGGGAAAGUCUUCCGUCAGUGAUUUGUCUGAACAUGUUUUUGAUCUCAUUAUGGAGCUUUUCGCUAUUGAUCCUCAUCUGCUACUCUCAGUUAUGCCACAGCUCGAGUUUAAGCUGAAGAGCAACGAUGGAGAAGAACGACUAGCAGUUGUUCGACUCUUGGCAAAACUAUUUGGUGCAAAGGAUUCGGAGCUUGCAACACAAAAUCGCCCUCUGUGGCAGUGUUUCCUGGGACGAUUUAACGACAUUCAUGUUCCUGUGAGACUGGAAUGUGUGAAGUUCGCAAGUCAUUGUCUAAUGAAUCAUCCAGAUUUAGCCAAAGAUCUUACAGAAUACUUGAAGGUUCGAUCACAUGAUCCAGAAGAGGCAAUCCGGCAUGAUGUCAUUGUUACAAUAAUUACAGCAGGAAAGAAAGAUUUAUCACUAGUGAAUGACCAGCUGCUUGGAUUUGUGAGGGAGAGAACACUAGAUAAAAGGUGGCGGGUGCGGAAAGAAGCCAUGAUGGGCUUGGCCCAGCUAUACAAAAAGUACUGUCUUCAUGCUGAGGCUGGGAAAGAGGCUGCUCAGAAAGUGAAUUGGAUCAAAGAUAAACUCCUGCAUAUCUAUUACCAGAACAGCAUUGAUGACAAGUUGCUGGUGGAAAAAAUCUUCGCUCAGUACCUUGUUCCUCAUAAUCUGGAAACAGAAGAAAGAAUGAAGUGUCUGUAUUACCUUUAUGCUUCCUUGGACCCAAAUGCAGUAAAAGCAUUGAAUGAAAUGUGGAAGUGCCAAAACAUGCUACGGAGUCAUGUCCGGGAAUUAUUAGACCUGCAUAAACAACCUGCUUCAGAGGCUAACAAUAAUGCAAUGUUUGCCAAACUGAUGGCCAUAGCAAAAAAUUUGCCUGACCCAGGAAAAGCGCAGGAUUUCAUGAAGAAAUUCAACCAGGUCCUGGGUGAUGAUGAGAGGCUGCGAGGUCAGUUGGAACUGUUGAUUAGCCCUGCCUGCUCUUGUAAACAAGCAGAAGUCUGUGUGAGAGAAAUUACACGUAAACUAGCAAAUCCCAAGCAGCCAACUAAUCCCUUCCUGGAAAUGGUGAAGUUCUUGCUAGAAAGGAUUGCACCAGUGCACAUUGAUUCAGAAGCUAUAAGCUCCUUAGUGAAGUUAAUGAACAAAUCCAUAGAAGGGACAGCGGAUGAUGAAGAAGAGGGUGUGUCACCCGAUUCUGCAAUCAGAGCAGGCUUGGAGCUGCUUAAGGUCUUAUCAUUCACACACCCUACCUCCUUCCACUCUUCAGAGACCUAUGAAUCGCUCUUGCAGUGUCUAAAAAUGGAGGACGAUAAAGUUGCUGAAGCUGCUAUUCAAAUCUUUAGAAACACUGGGCACAAAAUAGAGACAGACCUUCUACAGAUACGUUCCACACUCAUUCCCAUUCUGCAUCAGAAAGCAAAGAGAGGUACCCCUCGCCAAGCUAAGCAAGCUGUUCACUGCAUUCAUGCUAUCUUCACAAACAAAGAAGUACAACUGGCACAGAUCUUUGAGCCACUAAGCAAAAGCCUAAAUGCUGACACCCCAGAACAACUGGUAACCCCACUCGUCUCGUUGGGACAUAUUGCUAUGUUGGCACCAGAUCAGUUUGCCUCUCCAAUGAAGUCAGUGGUCGCAAAUUUUAUCGUAAAAGACUUACUAAUGAAUGAUAGGUUCCCUGGAGGGAAAAAUGGUAAAUUGUGGACUCCAAAUGAAGAAGUCUCUCCAGAAGUACUAGCAAAGGUUCAGGCCAUUAAGCUUUUGGUACGGUGGUUAUUAGGGAUGAAGAAUAAUCAAUCCAAAUCUGCCAAUUCUACACUUCGGCUGUUAUCAGCCAUGCUGGUUAGUGAAGGUGACCUAACUGAACAGAAGAAGAUAAGUAAAUCUGAUAUGUCUCGAUUACGGUUGGCUGCAGGAUGUGCUAUACUAAAACUUGCACAAGAACCUUGCUAUCAUGAAAUUAUCACCCCAGAGCAGUUCCAACUUUGUGCACUUGUUAUUAAUGAUGAGUGUUACCAGGUGAGACAAAUAUUUGCUCUGAAACUUCACAAAGCCCUCGGAAAGUUGAUGCUCCCACUGGAAUACAUGGCGGUGUUUGCACUCUGUGCCAAGGACCCUGUGAAAGAGCGAAGAGCACAUGCCAGGCAGUGUCUCCUUAAAAAUAUCAGUAUACGGAGAGAAUAUAUUAAACAGAACCCAAUGGCUCAUGAGAAGCUUUUGUCACUAUUACCAGAAUAUGUAGUUCCAUACACAGUUCAUUUGCUAGCCCAUGAUCCAGAUUUCACCAAAACACAGGAUAUCGAACAGCUGCGUGACAUUAAAGAGUGCCUGUGGUUCAUGUUGGAAGUUUUAAUGGCAAAAAAUGAAAAUAAUAGCCAUGCUUUUAUAAGGAAAAUGGUGGAGAACAUCAAACAAACAAAGGAUGCCCAAGCACCCGAUGAUGGCAAAAUGAAUGAGAAACUCUACAUAGUAUGUGACGUAGCUCUUAAUGUUAUCACAAGCAAAAGUACUACAUAUAAUCUGGACUCUCCAAAGGAUCCUGUACUGCCAGCCAAGUUCUUCACCCCACCUGACAAAGAUUCCUGCAAUAAUAAGUGCUACUUGUCAGAUGAAGCAAAGACGCUGUUACUCACUGGAAAGCCGAAACCAGCUACAGUAUUGGGUGCAGUAAACAAACCUCUGUCAGCUGCUGGUAGGAGGCCGCAAACCAGAACUCCAGGGUUGGAAACGGGAAGCAAUAUAAGUGGAAACUCUGAACCUAACUCACCAGCUGCAAACAGGGGAAGGGAACAGAAUUCAGAAGUUCCAGAAACUGAAGUUAGUGAAAAUGAAGAAAAUCCAGUAAUAUUGCUUACAGUGGUCCCAGCUAAAACAGACAAGAAAGAUGAACCAGUUAGAAAUAAGGAGAUGUCCUCUGAACAGUCUUUACCACCACAGACCAGUACAGAACGCGGAAAGAAAAGGACAGCGCCUGCAGCUGGUUCAGAGAAUAUUCAGCAGAUACCAGAAGAGAAGAAAUCUGAAGAGACUGCAGCACCAGUUCCCCCCAAAGCCAGACGAGGUCGUCCUCCCAAAGCUGUAUCUGAAAGUAAUGCUGCCAAGAAUGCAGAUACAAACAAAACAUCAGGGAGAGGCAGGAAAAGAGUUGCAGCCAAUCAGGAAAGCCCUGCAGAACCAGAAACAACAAAUGUUAAAGUACCAAAACAGCAAGAAACAAAUGUUAAGAGAGCACCAGCACAGAGACAGAUGGAUCUACAAAGAAUCCAGGUUUUGGACAGUGAUGGAUAUUCAGUGAUGGAACUAGAGUCUACUCCAGAAAGUUCAGCUGAGGAACUGGAUUUGUUUAAAUCCUAUGAGAGCAGCCAGAAUGAGAUUGAUAACCCAAAGCUAGCAGAGGGAAGCUUCCUUAAGGUAAGAAGAAAGUCCAUGCCAAAGGGAAGGAGACAAAGGCUGUAGAAAAGAAGUAUUCCUUGCCACUGAGGGAAAUGUACCACAUAAAAGGAUUGAGAUACUAUACUAAAUCUUAAAUUAGUUUACACAACUCCUCACCCUCAAAACAUCAGGACAACACUGCAUCAGAGUUUGGGUUAUAUAUUAAGAAGAUAUUAUUGAACUCCAUUUAAAUUUUAACUGAAAAUUUAACUUUUGCAAUGUUGGAGGGACAGCAUUGUAAUUCCCUGGGGUUAUUUUUAUGUAGUAUCUUUAUAUGUUAAGAUCACUUAACAAUUAUUGACACUCGUAAAAAUAAUCACAAGAUUAAGAUUUUGUUACAAAUGUCUUAUGUAACCAUUUUAAUUAUGCUUUAGUAAUUUGCUGCAACAGUUUUACCUUCCAAAGUAAGUUAUUAUUACUGACUUGUGAAGUCGGCAAUGGUGCAUUAUAAAGUCACAUGUUACUAUUAAUUUUUGCAGGCGGAAGCAUUUGUGUUAUUUAAAGUAGUCCCAAUUUGAAUAUAAUUUGAUUUUGGUGAGAGUGAAAGAAUAAAGCUGUGGAUAAAAGAGCAGUUGAAUAUGUGCUUAUAAUAUUUGAAGCUACUGCCAUAAAUGUUGUAGUAAAGAUUUAAAAGGUGUAAUACUGAAGUCUGCCGUUAAGUUGGGGAUAUUUUUUGACACUGUUCUCUAAAAUUUGCACUGAGUCCACAUUGUUUAUCCUUUUUAAAGUGAAUCUCAGCAAGAUUUCUGUAUCAGUAUACUGUCCAGAAUCUGUGUUUGCAAAAAUGUUUUUUUUUCUGUAAUUCAUAUUGACAGUUAAUGAAACUUGCACAGAAAUUUUUUUGUGAAUACAGACUGAAGUCUAGUGAUAACAGUUGUUUUGGAAUUGCUGCCUUUUAAAUAAUUAUUCCCUCAAUGUAUCCUCAUUUGUGUUUUUCUGCUUGCCUUCCUUUACCAGGGAAAGUGGGGCUAAUCUGAACCUUGCAUUUCUCCACAGUUGCCAAUGUGCUGCUUUUGUUGGCCAACAUGCCAGCACACUUUCUAGGAUGGAAUUGGACUGCUGUUCUUUCUGUGUACCCCUCCCCUACAUGGCUGAGCAUUCUAUAUAACAAAAGUCUCCUAUCUGGCAGCCUGACUGAGAAUCAGUCAAGCUUAACCUUUACAGCAAGCCAAAUUCAAAUCUUCUUUGAGCAAGUGUUUUAAUUUGGGGUUUUAAGGGUCCCGGUGGGGAGUUCAGUACUCUAUUUAAAGGGUUUUCUUGAAUUUCACUUCAUGUUGAAUAGUGGAAAGAGUAAAAAAAAAUUAGAACAGGAUUUUAAAGCAUUUCCUCUAUCCUAACAUUGAUUUUUAAAACCUGCUUUUAGUACUUUUAAUUUAUGAAAUUUUAUCAAGAGGCCUUUUAUGUUCUACUUUCUUAUAAAACUAUAUUGCUCUGAAAGGUAAGGGAAACUUUUUGAGUUUCAGAUUUUUGUAUCAGAUCUUGAAGUGAAUGAGGUACUUUUGAAAGUCCAGUUUUAUGAUGAGAUGUUCAAGUUACCAGGCUCUGUAACCAAUGAUGUAAAAAAUGAAGUGUUCUAGAAAAAAAAAUUUGGAUUUUGGCAGCUUGUGAAGACAGUUCAAACAGUUCAAAUUGUUAAUGCAUUUUAAGUGAGUGUUUUAUUGAUAUGUUGAAUUUUUUUAAAGCUAUUUUUCACUAGUUUGUCUCCCAGUUCACACUCAUCUUUGUUUAUUUUGGUGAAAUUCUUUGCAGUUGCAUCAAUGUUAUGAUUCCAGACAUUGUUCAUUGUAGUUAAUGUGUACAUUUUGAUGUACACAUGAUCAUAUUUAAAUUUUUGUUGCAUAAAGAAAUAAAUGCUUCUUAGGUGUCUCCUGGUUUCUGUUUCUCUCUCUCAAAACCUGUACUCCUGAAUAACCAAAACAGGGCAGAUUAACAGUGAGAGAUGGACAUUUAAAGUAAUUCCGACUACAUUAAAAUUUUAAAUGGUCUGGAGUCAGGAGCGGGGAAGGAGAAACUGUCCAGGGAGGAUGAGCCUUUUUAAACUACUGGGAAACUUAAUCCAUCUCUACCAUACAGCAUGAAUUUAAACCCCCUCACUCUUUUGUCCACCCAGCCCACCCCACCAAGAUUAGAUGGGAAUUUUUAGACAUGCAUCCUUUUCUUCCUGAACUAUUGGACUGUGCCUUUGACAGUUUGUUUCAGCAAUAGUUACUCAAAAAGACAGUAGAGCUGUCCUUAAUUCUAGGUCUGUCAGAAGAGAUUGAAUAGAUGCAAGCCAUAGAAGUAGUGUAUGUGUGAAUGGUUCAUUGGUUUCAUUGUUGAGUUAUAUUAAUGCUACAUAUGAGGCUUGUGGGUUACAUAAAUCCAAAGUUAACCAAACUUUAUUUUCUUAUACCUUGGGGCUAGCUGUCAUUUCCUUUAAUGACUAGUACCAACAACAGCUCUAAAUUUAGUUUCCUUAAUCCUGUAGCUGUAAAGAACACUGUAUAUGAUUCCUGUAGUUUUUAUAUAAGUUUUCUUGUUCCAUUUUAAUUUUAAGUGCAUGGAAAAAUGAAGUGUUCUGUUUUAUCAGUCUCAGCAAGUAAUACAGACACUCUAACUGCCCACCUUUUGGAAUUUGCAGUUAAACACAAGUAGUCACCAUGUCAGGUCAGGUGCUUUUUUUUUUGCUUCUUCAAAAAAUGCAGUGACUGAUUUUCCACCAGUUCUGAAUAGUGCCUUACCAGACCUGUCAAGUAGUGCAGUUUCAAUCAUAUUUCUGGCAUCUGAUUCCACAAUUUAAACAGGAAAAAGCCUUGCUUCAAACUCUCCAAAAGAAUUUAGUGCAACUGUCUUAUAUGCUGGAUGACUGGUCUGAUAAGUAUGUCCUAUAACAUUUGCCGCAGGUCGGAGUUGAAUAAUUAAGUUCAAGCAAGAGGUGCUUGUAUUGCAGCAAACAAAACAUCCUGAGUUUUAGCAAUCUGUGACUACGAUGAUAUUUGGGUCUUUGAGCUUCCAUACCAUUUGGCAAGGAGCUUCUCAAACUGUUGUUUAGCUAGAAAAUAAAUAACGCUAAUUGCUGUUGGUAACUUAAUUUUAGAUCUGGUUUUAUAAAAACAAGAAUAUCACUGGAUUUCAAAUUGCUUAAAUACUUAGCCUCUAUGAAUGUGAUUGGGCGGGGGGGAGGGGCGCGGGGAGAAGAGGAUGUGUAUAUAUAAAUAUACCAUUUUAGGAUCUGCAGGGAUGUUGCAAGUAAUUUCUGUAAUGGGGAUUUUGGAAACUCUACUGUUUCCUUUAUAGAGAAAAAUAUGAAAUGUGUCCAAAGCUGUUGUUUCCACUUAGGAAAGGUGGAGAAUAUGAUGCUUGAGAGAGGAGUUAAAGAUGCAGGUGUACUUCAUCUCCAACUUGGUGCAUUGGAUGAAUCUUUCAGAUACUGCAGGUUAUCAUUACUUCUCCCAGAAACUUCUGUACAGAUAUGAAUAGUGUUUGGGGAAAUAUGAAUUAUUCAGGAAAAUCUGUGUUUUAGUAAUUGUUUUUUAAAAAGAGUGCUGGAAACACUCAGCAGGCUGGGCAGCAUCUGUGGAAAUAUAAGCAGAUUUGAUGUUUCAAGUCAUCUGUUGGUAUUUCAGAUUUCCAGCAUCUGCAGUUUUUGAUUUUCAUUUUAGUAAUUCACUUUGGUCUAAAACAGUGGGUGAUACAAGCAGCAAAUGUCAGUGCAUCUCUUACACACACUUUUCUGAAGAAAUGUACUCUAGAACCCACAGCAAUUAUACGCCAGCAGAAAUUGCAGUGAAUUAGUUUUCAAACAAGCGGUACCCAGACACGGGCAAAUACACGAGAAAGAUGUAAACCAAGUGAUUGAGGGAAGGUGGAACUAGGGCAGUGAUGAGGCAGGAGGGGUAUUGAUGAGAAUGAGAUACUUGAAAAUUUAGGACUUUUUCUCAAAACCUGUUGUCAUUUUAUUAAGAUUUGGGGACCAAUCCUGAUAACAAUCAUAUAUAUACCUUUGGAGGUUUUACCCAGUAAGUUGAGCAAAGUGAUUGUUACAAUGUGAACAGCAAAUACAAAUAAUUUAAGUUUUAAAACAACUUAAUUUUGUUCUGUACUAGUUUUUGUUGUGCACUUGAUUAAACCUAGUUUUCCAAUCCUCCAAAUGGGUCAGCGGGCUUUUCCAGUAAAUAACUGAACUGUCUAACUUUGCAGAAUUAACCAGUGCUUUGAUAUCACAAAGUUUUAUGGUGGGCAGAAAGAAAAAAAUUGGCAUGUUUAUCUCAGUGCUGGCCCUUGGUGAAAUUAAUCUGGUCUUGUUUUUGGUCACAGACUAUCAGGUGAUGUUGUGAUUGGGUUAGUGAAGCAUGUCAUUUAUGUAUUCCACCAACACAUGAAUGAGGUUUGUAUGUAGUCAAUAUGUCAUCAAGUGAAGGGUGCGUGUCGAGUGGGAAUCCUUGUUGAUGGGAUGGGGGGAGAGCGAGAACAUUUUCAAUCGUUAAAAGCUGGGUUUCUGAAAUGUGACAUGGUAUUGUUUAUUCUACACCAUAUUUUGCCCUGCUGCUUUAUUUUAAAACCUUGACAUAGUACAGCCAAUCACUUUCAAAAUGCUAAUUUCAUCUUAUGACUUUAUGGAAGAAGUAAAACAUUCUAACUAGCAUAUUCUUCUAGUUGCUCAGAACUUGAAUGGUUACAGGGAUAUACACUUUAAUGAAGUAGACAUCAGAAUUAGUACUGAACAAGUAUAUUUUAAAAAGUGCUGAUUUUAGCAAUGAUUAGUAAAGAAUCUUGCCCAGAUCACACUGCAUCCAAGAUGACUAAUUCGAUGUGACAAUUAGUCUACCACAAGAUACAUUACCCAUAGAUGGCAUUUGCCUAGGUUUUGGUAUAUAAUUGAAGAACUGUCUUCAAGAAAGGGGAUGGAAAGGAAAUAUGGGGGGUUGGGGAAGGUAUGCAAUAGCUCAAAACUUCCCAGAUUAAAUUUACUUUAAUAGUAAUGUAUUUUGCUCAACUAUCUUAAUUUAUUUGUUUUAUUUGCUAUAUUGCCUGAGAGUCAUUUACAAACUGAUCAGAAUUAUUUUACUGCAAUAAAAUGUGACAAGGCCAGUUACAUAAGAAUGGUACAGGCUAUGUUCACAUUUCUCAGUCUUCAAUAAAUGUUUGAGCAACUACACUUCGUUCUCUAUAGCAACUCUUGUCUGUUUACUUAUUGUUAAAUUUCCAGAGUAAAUGACAAUUACAUUAAAUUGCUGACAAUUUUUUGAGCUAAAAUGGGUAUAGUCAAUUAAAUUGCUGACAAUUUUUUGAGCUAAAAUGGGUAUAGUCAAUCAACUUUACAGGAGUAUCUGUAGAAAGAGAAACAGAAUUAAUGCUUCACAUUGAAGGAUCUUAAACCUUGAACAUUAUUUCUCUUUGCACAAAUGCUGCCCGACCUGGUGAGUGUUUCCAGCAUUAUGUCUGAUUUUAGGUCAGAUUUCCAGCACCAACAACUUCCUUUCAUAAUCUUGAGUUUCUUCUUAAUUUCCAGGACUAUGAUGUUAUUUGUGGCACGUGUUAAUUAUCCAUUUCUGUUAAAAUCCCAGUAUUCCAUUUGAUGUUCUGUUUUGAGGCUUCAGAUUUAUAAAUUUCACACAGUAGCUCAUUGGGACCCUAUGCACAAUUUUAACUGAUGUUAGCAUCUUCAGUCAAUGUAGGUGGAUAACAAUAUGUGUAGGUGCACAUGUUCAUUAUAAUGAGUGUGUUACUUAAAAAUACAAACACAAAAUGAAGACAGCAAAAAGAAAAUAGGAUUCAAAUGUGUACUAUCUUUUAUUACUUGUGAUUAACUGGAGCAGAGGUAUCAAAUACAAAUUCCAAAAUAAUUACAAAUAUCUUAAAUGACAAUUUAAUUUUUUUAGGGAGUACAAGAAUAGAUUAACUGUAAUUGCUUUAGAAGUGCUUCCAUUUCUUGAAAUGCUGCAGAUUUUGUAAAGGUACUCCCAUUCCACUUUUUGGUAGUUUGUUGACCCAGCAGCAAUAAAAGGAUGCCAAUUACAUUUCCAAGUCAGGAUGGAACUUGCAGUUUGUGGCAUUCCUUUGUCCUAUGAAGGCUGGCUGGACCCAGGAAACUGCUAGGAUGCCCUGGGUUGAGAAGAUCGGUCUCCAAUAAACACAAGCCAUCUUAAUUUCUGGAGAUUAUUAUAGAGGAGUCUAUGUUGGCUGAAAUGUAUUUAUGGUGUACAAUUGGGUCAAGCUGUUGCUUAAAUAAUAACGAGGGAUAGCUCUCCACAUUUAGCUAUACUGAAGGAUAGUGUAGAAUGGACUGCUUGCAUCCAAAACAAGUGCUUAUGUCAAUAUGUGGUGGUCUAUCUGGCUUUAUUUUUGUCAUUGUGGUUUGGAAUAACUUGGACAAUCCAGGAAUGUUUGUCAUCUGGAGUCUUAUUCAGCCAGACCAAGCAAGGUUGACAGAUUACCUACCCAGUAGAAAUUGUUAAGCAUAUGCGUUUUUAUUGACAGUCCAGAAGUUUUAUGGUCACUGAUGUUAGCAUUUUGACGCCAGGUAUAACUGACUUUAAAUUUCCUAGCUCCAUCUAGGAGUUGAAAUCUGUCUCUGAAGCUUUAGUGCCAGCUCUUUUAUUAUUAAAACUUGCUACAAACUACUAUGUUGCUGUUAAUGUCUGGUUAUAUACUCUUGCUAAAGAAAAUGUGCGGAUGGGGGAAUCCAAAAUUGGGACUGUUUUAGUUUUACCCACAUGGGAAUUUUUGGGCAUGCAUAAUAUAUACAAUGUUCAAGUUUACCAGUGUAAUCUGUCUCUAUUGCACAUUUUUAGUGAAACGGGUAGCAUUGAUGAUGAAAGUUACAAUGCAGGACGGUAAUUUAUCUGAUAAUUGCUAUAUUUUUAAGAGUGAAGAUCAUUUCAGCCUUUGACAAAACUAUGUAUGUACCUUUAUUUAAUAAUGAUUAGCAUAUUGGCAGUUUAUUUUGUGUUUAAUAAUCAAAUGAAAUUUAUUCCACUUUUUCCAGUAUUUUUUUUAUUUUAUGAUGUUCUGUCAAAAUGGAUCCAUUAGCAAAGAGCUACUUAUGUCUCCAAGUUAUGUCUGUGCCCUUUUUGA